AUGAUGAAAACCACAAUCAGCUCGUCAGCCUCCCCGAUCUGUUCAGCCUCAAAACCGCUUCCACUCGCCCGAGGUUUUCCUUCAAUUCCCCCUGUGAAUUCAUCCAUGGCGGCGACGGGCUGGCUCCGGCGAGCGGCGGCGGCGGAGGGGGUUGCUCUCCCAACACGCGUCCCGUGCGGAUUAGCCGCCGCAAUCCCGACGCCUCCACCCGCCGCGCUGGUCCCCAUGGCUCCUGCCCUCGCGCUCCCCUCCCACGGCGCCGCCAUGGAGCUCAUGGCUGUUCCUAAGAAGAAGGUUUCAAAGUACAAGAAGGGCCUGAGGAAUGGGCCAAAAGCCUUGAAGCCUGUUCCUGUGAUCGUCCGCUGCAGGUGUUGUGGCCGGGUGAAGCUGCCACACUUCUACUGCUGCAGCGGUGAAAGAGGGAACCUGGGUCUGAGAGCUCGUAGUAUUCUUCAGACCAUGAGAAGUUGAAAGUUUAGACUUUAGGUAGCGGAUUUAGAGAGGGGGAAACACCAGGGGUCCCAUUCCAGUAAUCAGUCUGACUGAAGUACCCAUCUCCUGAAAUCAAAGUAUUUCAUCCAUGUGAGUCCUGACUCAGUGUUGAACUUUUUGACUGCCUUUGGCAUUCGUAAUAAUAAUAGUAAACGCUGGAAGGUCUUUAACUUAUGUUGACAAACAGAGAAUCACUCUGAUCAUAUGAGUUGUAAACUUGUUCUUAAUUAAACAACGAUGUUUUUGGCCACCUGCUAUGAACCGCCGAAUGUUAUAUACUCUCUCCGU